CCCCUCCUCCCCUCUCACCUUUCCUCGUCUGGUGCCAAGAGUUCAGCCCGAGGCCGCCGCACCAACAUGGAUUACCAGCAAUACAUCUAUGUCAGCCAGGUGUGCUAUCACGAGGCACUGCCCUGGUUCUCCCGCUUCUUCCCAUAUGUGGCGCUGCUGCAGUCACUGGUGCUGCUGGCCAGCGGCUGCUUCUGGUUCCACUUCCCGCUCACCUCAUCCCGCAUUGAGCACUUCCUGACCAUCCUGGGCAAGUGCUGCGAGUCACCCUGGACCUCCCGCGCACUCUCGCACACCGCACGGCUGGACAGCGGCCAGUGUCGACCCACAGAGGAGGAGAAGGAGGAGGAAAGGCUGCAGGUCCACCUGCCACACCCAGUCCAUCCUGCCUCCUUUACCAGACAGUCCAGCCUAGACUCUGGUACAGACAGCCCCCUGCUGGUGAGGUCGGACAGUGCGUCCACCGCGGCCCCUCCCUCACCUUGCCCCUCCAUGCUCUCACGCACCUCCUCGCUGUCUUCUCUGUCCUUCAUCGAGACAGUCUCUCCCCAGCCACAGCUGUCCCGUGUCAUCCCAGAUGCGACGAGGCCAACAGCUAGUCUUGACCGCAGUGAUGGGGAGCAGGCACGGGCGCUGUUUGAGAGAGUGAGGCGGUUCCGGGCCCACUGUGAGAGUUCUGACAUUAUCUACAAGGUUUACUUGGCUCAAACAAUAUUCAAGGUCCUGAAGGUUGUUCUUAUCGUGAGCUACACCACACCACUGCUGGGAUCCAUCUCUUUCAACCACAUCUGCCAGCCCUUGACCCACGCCCUGACUGGCUACCAAGCCUUCGAGUGCACUCAUGCCCUGGCCUCUGUCCUACACAAGUUGCUGGUGGUCUACCUGUGCCUCGUGGGCCUUUUUGGCCUGCUAGGCCUGUACACUCUCAGCUGGAUCUGGCACAAGUCCUUGAGGAAGUACUCCUUUCAGUGCUUACAUGAGACGGGUUCUAUGCUGGAUGUUCCAGACUUAUGCAACGACCUGGCGUUCCUGCUUCACAUGGCAGACCAGUAUGACCCUCUACUGGCACACCGCCUCUCUGUCUUCCUGUCCCCGGUCAGUGAGACGCGGCUGCUGGAGGAGAACCUGGAGCGGCGCUGGGGAGUGGAGCGCCUGCGCGGCAUGACUACCUUUGACCCCCAGGGCCGCACGCAGCUUCAGCUGGUGGCUCUGUCCAGCCUGCCCCCUGCCCUCUUCACCCUCAGCCAGCUGGAGGUGCUAAAGCUGGAGCUCAUCACUGAUGCCAAGCUCUCAGCACAGAUUUCCAACAUGACAUCCCUCAGGCAAGUAGAUCCAGGCACACUGCAUCUGUAUCACUGCACAGCUGCAGUGGAGCCCGGAGCUCUCCUGUGUCUGCAGGAGCGUCUGGAGGUCCUUCACCUCACCUUCAUCCAGGCCACAGACAUUCCCGGUUGGGUAUACUCCCUUCGCGGACUACAGGAGUUGCACAUGACUGGACACUUGGGCUGCGAGGGUGGAGUGGGUCGCGGCUGGGCGGUAGGGAACCUGCGCCAGCUCCGCCACCUCCGCCUGCUUUCGCUCCGUGACUCAUUGCAGCGCAUACCGGCAGAGUUGGGAGAGGUGGCGGGCAGUCUUAUGCGUCUGGAAAUCCACAAUGAAGGCGCAAGGCUUCUGGUGCUCACGGGGCUGCGGCGGGUGGUGGGCCUUACUGAGCUGCAGCUUCAGGGCUGCCAGCUGGAACGCCUGCCCUCUGCACUUUUGGCCCUCACAGGCCUCCGUAGUCUCGACCUGCAGCACAACUGCCUGCGCACCCUGGAGGAGCUGCUGAGCCUGCAGCACCUGCGGCGUCUCUCCAGCUUGCGUCUGGCUCACAACCGUGUGCUGGCCCUGCCGUCCAGUGUCGGGGUUCUGCGACGUCUGGAGCUUCUGGACCUGGCCCACAAUGAGCUGCAGAGCCUGCCACCAGCUCUCUUCACCCUCCACAGGCUACGGCGACUCUACCUGGCAGGCAACCUGCUUGAAGUCCUGCCAGCAGAGGUGGGAGCACUGGCGCUGCUUCUGGAGCUUGAUCUGAGCGGAAACAGGCUGGAGAGUCUCCCAGCGGAGCUCUGCACAAACUGCCUAGAGCUUCGCAACCUGAACGUGAGCUACAACUCCCUGGGCUCUCUCCCUCCAGACCUUGGCUCUCUAAGCCAGCUCUCACUGCUGGACCUGAGAGGGAACAGUCUGGAGCAGCUUCCUGCAGAACUGGGCUGCUGCACUGGGCUACGUGGGAGCGGCCUCCUGGUGGAGAACUGGCUGCUUCACUCACUACCUCGUCAGGUCCGGGACCUCCUGACACAGCCCCGCCCGUCCUCCACCUCUUCUUCUGAGCCGCCCUCCCGACCAGAGUCUGACAGCUUCCCCACUUUCUCCACUAGCCACUGGAGCUUUCUCUUGGCUGCUGAGUCUCGGAUAUAAAGACAAUCAGUGGCUUCAGAAACAUGUCUAAAUUUGAUUUGGUCAUAGGCACUGAGAAAGGCUAAAUAACAGCAGAGUUACGGCACAAAUUCAAAUUUGGCAUAAAUUUACUAAACGUGUUAGUUCUUGCUCUAGAACAGGGCAACACAACUUCAUAAAGGUUGAGUACUACUCUGAAAAAAAUCUUUAAAAUCAGAAUUAUUUUGUGAAUCAGACUAAUAUAGGGUUAAUCUAAAAAAAAUUGUAACUAAAUAUAAAAAUUCACAGUGUUAUUGCUACUAACACAGUUGAUUGACACCCCCUUGGAUUACUUUUGUGGGAAAAUUGUAAACCAAUAUUAAUAAUCAUUACAUGCUUCUUGCUUGGCCAUAUAUAUUUUAAUAUAAUAUUUUAGAGCUUGUAUAGUGCUUCAUAUUGUUUUGUUUUACUUGUGUCCCUGUCCCUGCAAUAUCAAUUCCAAAACUCAUAGCAACUACUCCUAAUUAUUUUGGUAACAUAAAUGGUAAGGGGUACUUGUAUGUCUUACAUAGCAAAACUUUACCAAUGGGUCAGAGCCAUUGGAUUGUGGCUUAAUAAUCAAUAAUUUCCUUUAGCUAACAAAAUGCCACAUGAAGGUACACAGGCCAAGCAGAUGUAAUGACAAAAAUCAUCUUCAUAAAUGUAUGUUUUCUAAAAAGCAAAGUCAUGCGGCCUUUUGUUUCAAGCAGCAACCCAUGAGUGACCAUUCGGUUUAGGGAUCAUGCCACUGAAUAAAAACUUUCUGAAGCCUGA